CUCUGGUGCUCACUUUGGACUCAGACUCAGAUCUGACAGUAGGAUGUUGCUGCAGCCUCUCUGGAACUUUGUCCUGGGACACUCCUCCCUCCUGCGCUCACCUUUCUUCCCUGUGUUCUUCUCCAUGUCCAUCUACCUGUCCUUCUGCCUGCCCUUCCUGCUGAUGGACGUGCUGUCCUCCAGGUCGGCUCUGGUGCGCAGGUACAAGCUGCAGCCUCACAGCUCCAUGAGCUGGGCCUCGGCAUGGAGCUGCCUGGCUCUGACGCUCUACAAUCACAUGGUCUUCAUCUUCCCACUGACGGUGGUGCACUGGUACCUGAGGCCUGUCCACCUGCCCAAUGAGGCCCCGCCUCUUCCUCGCCUGCUGGCUCAAGUGCUGGUCUGCCUGCUGCUCUUUGACUUCCAGAGCUUCACCUGGCACCUGCUGCACCACAAAGUUCCCUGGCUCUACCGAAGCUUCCACAAGGUGCACCACACCUACACCUCCACCUCUGCCCUCACCACAGAGUACUCCGGGGCCUGGGAGACCCUCAGUCUGGGCUUCUUUGCAGCCGUCAACCCCUUGCUUCUGGGCUGCCACCCGCUCACUGAGCUCAGCUUCUUCCUGGUGAACAUCUGGCUGUCAGUGGAGGACCACUGUGGCUACGACCUGCCCUGUGCCACCCACCGCCUGGUGCCACUGGGACUGUAUGGAGGGGCCCGGCACCACGACAUCCACCACCUCAAGUCCAAUUGUAACUUCGCCCCUUACUUCACGCACUGGGACCGGCUGGCUGGGACUCUGUUCACACACUAAGACUGAAGUCCCGAUGGAGCUGCUGAUGGACUGAUGGAGACGUUUCUGACCUGAACAGUUUGUUUGAACGAAGGUUAUCUUUUACAUUAAAAGACUGAAGUGUCACACACUGUAAGUAGGGCUGUUCAUUUAUCCAUGUAUUUAUUUAUUUAUUUAUUUUUUUAUCAAAGUAUUGAACUGGCACUGAAGUGUUGACCAGAAGGUUUUUCUGAAAUACUGAAAAGUUUACCUCGAUGAGAAAGGUGCACCGAAGGAAAUGACUACUGAACCGUGAUGAAGGAGACGAUGUUUCUGCUGGAGUGAAACAUAUUCAGAAGGUUUUGGAGGAAGAUGAUGCAUGAAUGAAAUGUAAAAAAACAGUAUUAUUUUUUAUUCACUGGCAAUAAACUUUGUGAACCAAACUGAA